AUGGUUUCUCGUGGUUUACUCUGGACUCUGUGGAUAGUGGCAUGUUUUGGUCAAAGUUUUGGUCAAGAUUUUCAGUUGCCUGAGCUGACUAAUGGAGCAAUAGGAGAAAGUGUCGAGUUAACACCUAAUAACUUACCAUCAGAGAUUGAUACAGUUACCUGGCAAUUUGGAGCAACUUUUAUAUUGAGUGGAAACCCUGAUACAGCCUCAAUAGUCUCAGCAUAUAAAGACAAAGCCGGUUUUGACAAAAACACUCUUGCUCUGGAGCUCUGGAACCUAAAACUGGAGGAUGCUGGAUCAUACGUUCUGUUUGUGCUUUCUAGUAGUGGAGAUCAAUUUAGAGGAGAAACUGAACCAUUAAUUGAAGGUGAAUCAUCUGCUAACAUCACCUCUAAGGGAGACGGCCCCAUCACCUCUGUGCAGUGGAUGAAAGAUAACAGUCCUCUGUCUUCUAGCAGAAUCAUCUUCUCAUCUGAUAACAGAUCAGUGUCUAUCAGUCCAGUGGAGAGAUCAGACACUGGAGAAUAUCAGUGUACAUACAGUAACCCUGUCAGCUCUGAGACGGCAAAACUCACCCUGAUCAUCAACUAUGGACCAGAAGGUGUUUCUAUUAAGGGUCCAGAUAUGGUGGAUUUAGGGGUUCAAGUAUUUCUGUCUUGCACUGCAAAUUCUGAACCUUCUGCUUCAUUCAGCUGGACAUUUAAUGGGUCAGACACUGGUGUGACUAGAGACACAUUGACCAUUGAUAAGACUGACUUCACACACAGUGGAGAAUACAUCUGUACAGCCAUUAAUAGAGUCACAAACAGAAGAGAAUCACAAAGACAUGCUUUACUAGUUCAAGAGGGUGGUGAAGCUGGUUUAGGAGGAGGACUGCCAGCAGGAGCAAUAGCUGGGAUUGUCAUUGGCGUUUUAGUAGCAGUUGGAGGCAUCUGUGGUCUUAUUGUCUACUUCACAAAAACCAACAAAAUCCCAACCCAAAGACUUCAACACAAAGGACAAGCAAGUGGAGCAGCACAAAGAGGACAGGAGCUUGACUUGCACUAUGAAGAAAUCACUGAUUCCCAGAGGGCCAGAGAAAAUUUUAAUCUGGAGAACAUUAGCGAAGCUCAAACGUAUGAGAAUGUUGCGUAUAAAAGUGACUAUGAAAAUCUAAAACAUGGAGUUUUAAAGCAGCCACAAGCUUCUGAACCUUAG